AAUUAAACUAAAAAAAAAAAUAUUGCAUUUAAUUAGAUUAUAAUAAUAAUUAUUAGAAUUAAUUGAAUUUUAGAUUUUAAAAAAAAUGGAUAUUACUGCUACUAACGAACCUGUAAGAUUCUACUGCUUUGUUACUUGUCCUUACGCCAUCAGGGUAAGAACCGCUUUAGAACUCCUCUAAGUACCAUAUGAAUAUAAUGAAAUUGAUCUAUUGGUAAAUUAAUAACUUACUCCUGAGUUCCUAAAAAUAAAUCCCCUCCAUUAAGUACCAGUGAUUAUUAACAAGCAAGGAUAGACUAUAUCAGAAAGCUUGGUCUGCUUAGAGUAUCUCAAUGAUAAAUACUAACCUGGCUUGCUUCCUUAAGACAGUUUCUAAAGAGCCCAAAUCAGAAAAUGGAUCACAUAUUAUAGUUCUAUUGACGCAAAGAAAUGGAGAAUUUUAGGUGCUAUUAGAAACAAAAAUAAAGAAGAAGCUUAUCGUAUUCUAAAUGAAAUUUAAUAAAAUUUAAAAUUCUUGUCAUCUUAAAUUGAUUUGCCAAUUAGAGUUGAAUAAAAUUCAAAAACCUUCUUGUUUGGUUCUACUUUUGGGAUGGGUGAUAUUGCUAUUCUACCAGUUUUAGAUUAAAUGAUUAUAUUAUUUGAAACUGCAUUUGGAAAGCAUAUUUUAAAAGAUAAUUUGAAUGGAAAAGAUGUUGAUGCACUAAAAGCACUUUAUAUUUGGUUUGAAAAUACCAAAUAGUAACCUGCAUACUAAAAGUCAACAUACAAGCUUUAGAGUCUACCAUAAAAUCCUCUAAUUGAUGAACUUAACUUAAGAAAUAACUGGCAAUUCGAUAAAUAUUACAUAAACUUUGCAUAAAGAAAGUUCUUCCCUAGUGGUUAAAUCCCAAAAUUAUGAAAAAUGUUCUUGCUAAAUACCUAUUGAUAAAAUCAUUUUUUUACUAAUCAAAAUAAAUCUAUAUUAAAAUGUAAUUUACUUUUUAUGUUAAUAUCCCAAAAUAGACACAUUUUCUGAUAU